AUGCUUGCACAUGCCAAUGCCCAGACAAUUAGAUAUUCACUUAAAAAGAACACUAUUACGUAUUUUAAUGAAUCUGAUGUUGAUUGGUCUAGCGCUACUAAUUAUCAAUGUCCCGAUUGCUUAAUCGGUAAAAGCACCAAACACAGACAUAUCAAAGGAUCACGGCUAAAAUACCAAAAUUCAUAUGAACCUUUUCAAUACCUACAUACGGACAUAUUUGGCCCUGUUCACAACCUACCAAAGAGCGCACCAUCCUAUUUUAUCUCAUUCACUGAUGAAAAAACCAAAUUCCGUUGGGUUUAUCCAUUACAUGACCGUCGCGAGGAUUCUAUUCUCGAUGUCUUUACUACGAUACUGGCUUUCAUUAAAAACCAGUUUCAGUCUAAUGUUCUGGUUAUCCAAAUGGACCGUGGUUCUGAGUACACUAACAAAACUCUCCAUAAAUUCCUUGAAAAAAAUGGUAUAACUCCAUGUUAUACAACCACAGCGGAUUCCAGAGCCCAUGGUAUCGCUGAACGGCUAAACCGUACCCUAUUAGAUGACUGUCGUACCCAACUGCAAUGUAGUGGUCUACCGAAUCAUCUAUGGUUUUCAGCAGUCGAAUUCUCUACUAUCGUAAGGAACUCACUAGCUUCGCCCAAAAGCAAAAAAUCUGCAAGACAACACGCUGGAUUGGCAGGACUUGACAUCAGUACUUUGUUACCUUUCGGUCAACCCGUCAUAGUCAAUAACCACAACCCUGACUCAAAAAUUCACCCUCGUGGUAUCACUGGCUAUGCUCUACAUCCAUCUCGAAAUUCUUAUGGAUAUAUCAUCUAUCUCCCAUCCUUGAAGAAGACAGUAGAUACGACUAAUUACGUUAUUCUUCAAGGCAAGGAAUCCAGAUUAGACCAAUUCAAUUACGACGCACUCACCUUCGAUGACGAUUUGAAUCGUUUAACUGCUUCUUAUCAAUCGUUCAUUGCGUCAAAUGAGAUCCAACAAUCAAAUGAUCUCAACAUAGAAUCCGACCAUGACUAUCAAUCUGACAUUGAAUUGAAUCCUGACCACCAACGAAAUGUACUUCCAAAAGUACCAAUCCCCACUGACUCCCCACCUCCUUUAACUCAUACUGAAGAAUCAACGCCUAUUUCUAAAACCAAGACUCGAGCACCCAGAGAAGUUGAUCCAAACAUAUCUGAAUCUAAUAUUCUUCCGUCUAAGAAGAGAUCUAGCAUCCCAAAAAUUGCUGCUAACGACAGUACCGGUUCGGGUGGUAUAAAUAAAUCAGAUGUUCCUCUACUUACUCCUUUGUUCAAACCCGACACACAACAUUCGUAUCAAGCCAAUACAUCUAAUGAUUUCGGUGACUCAGACUCACAAAGUGACAUUGAUGCUGACUAUAAGGGCGUGACGAUACCCAGUUUGGGUGGUACCAGCAACAAAACUGAUUUGCAGAUAAGUGAUCCAGAGACUGAGAAAAGGACCAAACACCGUCCACCUUCAAUCGAUGCUUAUCCACUGAAAAAGGACUCAUCGCACCAUAUUUCCCCUAUAAAAACACCAGUUACUCGUCCCGAACAGAAUAUCGAGGAAUCUAUUAUCGCUGAUCUCCCUCUCCCUGAUCUACCUCCAAUACUUUCUACCGAAUUCCCUGACCCAUUUAAAGAACUUCCCCCGAUCAAUUCUCGUCAAACUAAUUCCAGUUUGGGUGGUAUGGAUGACUCUAAUAUCUCCGCUACUACCAAUAGCAAGAAAAGAUCAUUAGAAGAUAAUGAAACUGAAAUUGAGGUAUCACGAGACACAUGGAAUACAAAGAAUAUGCGUAGUUUAGAACCUCCAAGGUCAAAGAAACGAAUACUGCUGAUCGCAGCUGUAAAAACAGUAAAAUCAAUCAAACCGAUACGAGCAACCUUAAGAUAUGACGAAGCAAUCACAUACAAUAAAAAUAUUAUAGAAAAGGAAAAAUAUAUCGAAGCAUAUCAAAAAGAAAUCAAUCAACUACUAAAAAUGAACACUUGGGAUACAGACAGAUAUUAUGACAGGGAAGAUAUAGACCCUAAAAGGGUAAUAAACUCAAUGUUUAUCUUCAACAAGAAACGCGACGGAACUCAUAAAGCUAGAUUUGUUGCAAGAGGUGACGUUCAACAUCCCGAUACGUAUGACUCAGGUAUGCAAUCCAACACUGUACACCAUUAUGCAUUGAUGACAUCUCUGUCUCUAGCAUUAGACAAUGACUAUUUUAUUACACAAUUAGAUAUAUCCUCGGCGUACUUGUACGCAGACAUUAAAGAAGAAUUAUACAUAAGACCCCCACCACAUUUGAGAAUGAAUAACAAGUUAAUACGUUUGAGGAAAUCACUUUAUGGUUUGAAACAAAGUGGUGCAAACUGGUAUGAAACUAUUAAAUCAUAUCUGAUACAACAAUGUGAUAUGAAAGAAGUUCGUGGAUGGUCAUGUGUAUUUAAGAAUAGUCAAUUGACAAUUUGCUUAUUUGUUGAUGAUAUGAUAUUAUUUAGCAAGGACUUAAAUGCAAAUAAGAAAGUUAUAGAAAAACUUAAGAGACAGUAUGAUACGAAGAUUAUAAACCUAGGUGAGGAUAAUGAUGAAAUACAAUAUGACAUUCUCGGAUUAGAAAUCAAAUAUAAGAGAGGUAAAUACAUGAAGUUAGGUAUGGAAAACUCUCUAACUGAAAAACUACCCAAAAUAAACGUACCUUUGAACCCUAAAGGAAAGAAACUUGCUGCUCCAGGCCAACCAGGCCUUUACAUAGACCAGGAAGAGCUAGAACUAGAAGAAGAUGAUUACAAAAUGAAGGUACAUGAAAUGCAAAAACUAAUAGGUCUAGCGUCAUACGUUGGAUAUAAGUUUAGAUUCGACCUAUUAUAUUACAUUAACACGCUUGCACAACAUAUACUAUUUCCAUCCAAGCAAGUGUUAGAUAUGACAUAUGAAUUGAUACAGUUCAUAUGGGAUACGAGAGAUAGACAACUAAUAUGGCACAAAAGCAAAUCUACUAAGCCAGCAAAUAAUUUAGUUGUUAUAAGCGAUGCCUCAUACGGCAAUCAACCGUAUUAUAAAUCACAGAUUGGCAACGUAUUUCUACUUAAUGGAAAGGUAAUUGGAGGAAAGUCCACCAAGGCUUCAUUGACAUGUACUUCGACUACAGAAGCAGAAAUACACGCAAUAAGUGAAUCUGUUCCGUUAUUAAAUAAUCUAAGUUACCUCGUACAAGAACUUAACAAAAAACCAAUUACUAAAGGAUUACUUACUGACAGUAAAUCUACAAUCAGUAUAGUUAUGUCCAAAAAUGAAGAGAAAUUUAGAAACAGAUUUUUUGGUACUAAAGCAAUGAGACUCAGAGAUGAAGUAUCAGGAAAUAAUUUGCACGUAUGCUAUAUCGAGACUAAAAAGAAUAUUGCAGACGUAUUAACCAAACCUCUUCCAAUAAAAACAUUUAAACUACUAACAAACAAAUGGAUUCAUUAG